CCGCUCCCCGCACAUCCCCCGCUGUUUUCGCGAUAUCAAGCGGCGCUGCUGCGGUUGCCCCAGCAUCACUGGCAGAAUGAGCGGCCACAGCCUGACGAGAGGCUCUUGUUCGUUGCAGGGCAUUCUAGCUCCGCGGGAUGGGGCAACGCCAUGCAAGAGCUGAUUUUGAAUAGUUAUCUGGCCUACAAGGCCGGAAGGUCGUUCGUGUUCGCCAACUAUACCUGGACCGACGACAGCUCCCUGUACUCGGACGUGGAUGGGAAGAAGGUCACGUCGCAGAUACCAUACUCGGUCAUGAUCAGAGGGCCGAGCAUCGGCGACCCUUUUCCAGAAGGAGCACAUGCUCCUUCAGCUGUCAGUCGAGAGUACUUCGAGCAGAUAUGCCCCAGGAAGAUGAGCAUAUCUCGUGAAGCUGUACAAGGCAGCUUAUCCGAGCCACUCAACGCGGAAGCGAUCACAAAUGCUUGGCUUGCGAGACUCGCCAACGUUCAAGAGCCUUGCGUGCAGGCGGAAAGGGACUCUGGGCAAUUAUACGAUUUCCUGGACCGCAAGGCAAUGUUGGAUAUAUGGUCAUCUCUAUCCAGGUCGCCAAUCCUCACUCAUUUUGGCUGGUCCUCGUUGGUGGAGCUGGCAUUCGAUACCAACCGUGACUUCUUCUCCUCACCUACCGUAUUGGAACCCUACUUGUCCGGGCGGCCGUACACCACCAACGCAGACCGCUACUCGAUGAUACCCGGGCUGAUGGUUGUUCACGUGCGCCGAGGAGACUACGAACAGCGCUGUACGGACCUCGCGGACUGGGGCUCCACCUACCUUGCGAUGAACUCCUUCCCAGACCUACCAGAUCAAUAUUCUCCACCUCUGCACGGAGAAGGGCUGGCAGAAGUUACCCGGGUGCGCGAGCUCGUCCGAUCACACUGCUACCCCAACGUGCAGGAGAUUGUCGACAGGGUCAAGUUGGUGCGCGAAAGCCCUGCCGCGCAGGGAAUCAACAGGAUCUAUGUCAUGAGUGACGGCGACCCGACGUUCCUGCACGAACUCGCCCUCGCUCUUCAUCACGAUGCGCCUUGGGAUUCGAUCGCUACCAGCCGGGACGUGAUACUCAACGUAGAGCAACGAUUUAUCUCUCAAGCGGUCGACAUGCUCGUCGGUCAACGAGCACAAGUGUUCAUCGGCAAUGGGUUUUCGAGUGUCACCUCAAAUGUCGUUACUAUGCGCCUGGCGAACCGCUUUCGUCACGACAGCACCCGGUUUUGGUAGCCAGCGGCUUGACGCUAGGGGACGAGGUUGCGUUAACGAAGAUUAGUAGCUGGGCCGCCCGUCCAUUAUAAUACCGUAUAGCUAUAUAUUUUCC